CUGCGCACACACACACAUACCUCGUGAGUACCUCCGUUUAUAUGGCACAGCACUGCAAAUACCAAGUCCCUUCGACCAUUUUAUCCCCGUCGCCUGUCUCCCGCUCUGCUGUCCCUGUCGAUGAGUGCCAGUUUUGCAUCAAAUCAUUUUCCCCCUUUGCAUCGCCGUCCGUCUGCCUUUGCAGCUCGUUUGGCUGCCUUGGGUUGGGUGGUGCAUCGUCUUGGUCUUCGGCCCCGUGGAUCGCCUCUCGGCCAUAUGCCCGUCACCCAACCCACUCAGCACCUGUGUGUAUGGGCGAUCCUAGCUAACAGCCGUUCCGCGCAACAGCUUCAUUACUCACAACAUCACUUCGCCGACACGUUAAAACCCCCCAAGUCGUGCCACUAUGCCCAAGGAAACCACCAAGCGCGGUAAGGCCGGCAAGGUCGAGAAGCGUAAGGGCAAGAAGGACCCCAACGCCCCCAAGCGUGGCCUCUCUGCCUACAUGUUCUUCGCCAAUGAGCAGCGUGAGAAUGUCCGUGACGAGAACCCAGGCAUCUCGUUCGGCCAAGUCGGCAAGAUUCUGGGUGAGCGAUGGAAGGCCCUGAACGACAAGCAACGUGCUCCCUAUGAAGCUAAGGCCGCGGCCGACAAGAAGCGGUACGAGGACGAGAAACAAGCCUACCAGGCCGAAUCCGACUAGGCCGGUGGUGAUGACGAGAGCGAGUAAGGUCGCCUCAUCUCGCUCUGUCCGCUCUCGGUGGGGUCAUGAGGUUUCACGAUGGGAUGACUUCUGCAUGGUCGUCGGCCUAAGAAUUGGAAGCCUUAGACCGUAGGUGGAUGGCACAGGUUUCCUUUCGAGUCUAAUGCGUAUGGGUUCGGUCGGUGUUGCGCAGGGAAAGGGACAUUGUGUUUCAGUUUGCUUUACAUCGUUUUCGCCGUGAUGACCGGGCAAGGGUUCCGGGGAUGGCCUUGACCUGGUGGCGUUGUCGCACUUGACUUGAGCUGCCUACGGUCAGAACGUAGUACGAAGCCAUCAAGUUGGUGCCCACCUAUUCUCGACAACGCGGUGUACAAUAUCUUCGCUCUUGCAAUUGACGAGGGUUGCUAGCACAUGUGUCUACCUGUCUACUGUUACCAUCUGGAUGACUUGCAUGCUUGCCCAUCUGUCCGCCUGCAUCUACAUGCGUACCUCAGGGGCAGGUAGAACAGCUCGACAAGCCAACCAGGCCGGCGUCAUGCCACGUGGAUGAUCCUGGUUCCCGGUUGGACCCGUCCCUCCAUUGCAUCCCAUCCUUUCCCUCCCUCCCUCCCGCCAUCCACCGCCGCGAGUCAGCCUGCGCGCG